AUGUUUAGAAAACUAAAAUCAGUAUUUUCUAGACCAAAAUUAGCACCUGAGAUAGCAGAUUGCAAGGAUGAAGGUGCCCCUCCACCACCAAAGGCAUCCACAGGCCAGGAUGAAAAUAAAACAACAAAUGAACCACAGAAAGCAGAGGCCAAUAAUAAAGCAGAGCCUAACCCAAAGCAACAAGAUACAGAAUCAGCAAAGGCACCUGAGCCUUCAAAACCUGAAAACUCAACUGAACCAGCUAAGACAACUCAACAGCAAGAGCAUGAACUCAAAAAUGGGAAAGAAGAUGCUAAUGCACAGAAGCCAGCAGGUCCCGGUCCCCAAACAAAUGAGUAUGCUGAUGCCCAGCUUCAAGAGAUUGUCAAGAAAUUGCGUGAAAGGGCAAAUGCCUACAAGGAAAAGCUGAAUGACCCAGUGAUAUCUUCACCCGAAGCAAGUCCUCCAACUUCACCAAAGAAGCCUCCACCCCCAGCAAAAGAUGAAAAAAAAGAUGAAAAAAAAGAUGAAAAAAAAGAUGAAAAGAAAGAGGAGGCAGAAGCAAAGCCAGAGGAGGAUCAUUACUGUGAUAUGCUGUGCUGUAAAUUCAAAAAACCUCCACUGAAAAAAUACAUGGAGUAUAUGAAGCUACCAGAUACCAUUGACUCAUACACAGACCGCCGCUACGUGGCGUGGCUGAUGCUUGUGACAAUUGCCUAUAACUGGAACUGCUGGUUCAUCCCCCUGCGCUACGUGUUCCCGUACCAAACCCCCAGUAACACCAUCUACUGGUUUGUCAUCGAUGUCAUCUGCGACCUCUGCUACCUGUGCGACUUGAUCGUUUUCCAGCCCCGAGUGCGGUUUAUCAAAGGGGGAGACAUAAUAUCAGACAGAGCAGAAACAGAGAAAUUCUACCGCAGCUCUGUGAAGUUUCGGCUUGAUGUGAUAUCGGUGUUUCCAUUUGACAUUUUAUACUUCUUCUUUGGAUUUAAUCCAGCACUUCGAGCAAACAGGAUGCUGAAGCAUAACACGUUCUUUGAGUUUAAUGAUCGUUUGGAAGCUAUUAUGGAAAAAGCAUACAUCUACAGGGUCAUUCGAACAACUGGAUACUUGCUGUUUAUCUUGCACCUUAAUGCAUGCCUGUAUUAUUGGGCUUCAGACUAUGAAGGAAUUGGCAGCACUAGAUGGGUGUAUGAUGGCGAAGGAAACAUGUACCUGAGGUGUUACUACUGGGCAGUUCGGAGCUUAAUCACCAUCGGUGGCCUUGCAGAGCCACAAACGCUGUUUGAGAUCAUUUUUCAGCUGCUGAAUUAUUUCAUGGGUGUCUUUGUCUUCUCCAGCUUGAUUGGUCAGAUGAGAGACGUAAUUGGAGCAGCAACAGCAGGGCAGAACUACUUUCGUUCCUGUGUGGACAACACUGUCUCCUAUAUGAACACCUAUUCCAUUCCAAAAUUGGUGCAGAAUCGUGUUCGAACGUGGUAUGAAUACACAUGGGACUCUCAGGGAAUGCUGGAUGAAUCAGAAUUACUGGAGCAGAUGCCAACCAAAAUGCACUUAGCUGUAGCAAUUGAUGUGAACUUUGCCAUUGUCAACAAAGUGGACUUAUUCAAAGGCUGUGAUACCCAGAUGAUAUAUGACAUGCUACUAAGGUUGAAAUCCAUUGUAUAUUUACCUGGUGACUUUGUCUGCAAAAAGGGAGAGAUUGGCAGAGAGAUGUACAUCAUCAAACAGGGUGAAGUUCAAGUCCUUGGAGGCCCUGAUGGUACCAAAGUCCUGGUUACUCUAAGAGCAGGAGCUGUAUUUGGGGAGAUCAGCCUGCUAGCUGCGGGUGGAGGAAAUCGAAGGACUGCCAACGUGGUGGCUCAUGGUUUUGCCAACCUUUUCAUUCUGGACAAGAAAACACUCAAUGAAAUCUUGGUGAACUAUCCUGACUCAGAAAAACUUCUCAUGAAGAAAGCAAAGGUGCUGCUGAAGCAGAAGGGGAAACCUCCCCCAGGACCACCAGUGCAACAGCCACGGGGCUUGGCCAGUCUCUUUGGGCAGAAACAGGAAACUCCAAAAUUGUUUAAAGCAAUGCUUGGAGGAAAAGGAAGAGAAGGCCUUGCUAAGCUGCUGCAGCUGAAGAAACAACAAGAAACUCAGGAAACGAAAGCUGAAACAGAGACCAAGCCUAAAGAAGAGGAGAAGAAACCUGUGGAGCCUGCAGCCCCCUCUGCACCCCCUGCUAAAAAGGAAAAGCCACAGGCAGAUGCUAAGCCUGCGGUUAUGCAGAGAACAACGAGUAAGGAGUCUCUGAUCAUUAGUAUGACACCAUCCCCCAGAGCAGGAGAAGGAGAGAUCCUUAAAGUUGAAAUUAAAGAGAAAGAAAAGAAAUAGAUGGUGCUGUGGGGUGUGGCCCCAUCUAUUUGUCUUGC